AGCAUGUGCAGAAUGAGGCGCAAGAGACAGAAACUCUAGGCUAUGCAGGCGCCCCUAAGAUGGCCCUAAAGCGCCCCUAGAGCCUAAGGUGACAUGCGAGUGGCCAACUUCCCCAGCUAAAAUUCCUAUCCACUCGUCCUGCGCCGAACUCCACGGCGCCACACCACCAGUGAGGCUCAGGCUAGCAGAAAAAAAAUUAAUUGUCCGAUCACAACGCUAAACAAUGCGACGACAGUCCACGACAAACCACACUUACGGUUGUAGCGAGGCCUGACGAAUCGACUUGUCUUUCCAUCGCUUCAAGAUAACCUCGAUCUUGGUCAUGGCACUCGCCAGUCACCCGAUGGCUGACUCCCAGACACUAUUGACGAGUCUUGCCGACUCGACCUCGUCAUUUUUGCAACCACCCACAGCCCUUCACCUCGAGGCAUUAGCAUGUGUCAAGAAUCUCCUUGAUCCUUUGGCGGCCGAUGUUGCGGAUGCUCAAAAGCUGAGACGGGAUGAGAACAGGCGGAAGAGAAAACGUGCUGAUGUGGAUCGUCAAGAGGAGGUUCUACAUUUGAGGCAGGUAUACACGUCUGGCCUUGGUGUGAAGCAGGUAUGGGAACAGGCGAGGAGGGUCCUGGAAGCCGCAUGCUCUGAGGUGGAAAGAGAUAUCGCCUCGCAGAAAGAGCAGAUACAGUCAAUACUGCCGCCGAAUGGAGUAAAAGGCCAUGUCACAGCCAGUGACGACGUUUCGGAUGAGGAGGACUUGGACGACGAGGAGGGUCUGUUGGAGGAUGAAGACCUGGAGGAUGAUCUCCUCGAUGAAGAGGCCUUGGACGAAGAGGAAGACUACGAAGAAGAGGACGCUUUGGACGAGGAUAUGGAAGAUAUAGAGGCCGAAGACGAAGAGCUCGAAUCAGUAUCCGCAGAAGAGGAACCGACCACAUACGUCCCAGAUCCGAAUGGUCUGAAUGACGGAUUCUUCUCUAUAGAUGAUUUCAACCGUCAAACACAGUUCCUCGAGCAACAGGAUGUCCGGGGCGAGGACGACAACCCCAGCGACGAAGACGAGAUCGACUGGAACGCUGAUCCCCUCAGUAUGCCCUUGCCAAAAGCCACUAUCACCAGCCAAAAAGGCAAAAAGAGCAACGACAUCGCCGACGUGGAAGAUGGUUCUGAAGAAGAAGACGGCCCGACAUUCGGAGACGCAGACCUCGAUGCUGACGAUUCCGACGAGGACAUGGUGGAUGGAGACAACCUCGACCUCGAGGCCUUUAUGCCCACACUAGAGAAUACCAACGAGGUCCGGUACGCCGACUUCUUCGCGCCUCCACCCAAGCAAUUAUCCAAAACCAAACGCAGGCGCGCCCUACCAAAAACCCAACCAGCCCCUCAAACGAGACCACAAGAUGAAGACGAGACGGAGACCGACAUGCAGCGUGCCAUCGCCGACGUCCGUCGCGAUCUUCUCGAUUCCGAUGACGACGGCGUCUCCGACGCCGAGUCCGGAUCAGACGAUGGGCGACCAUCCACUAAAAACAUGUCCACCCAUGAGAAACAACAAGCUGCCAUCGGGGCCGAGAUCCGCCGUCUCGAAGCAGCCAACGUCGCCAAACGAGACUGGACACUAUCCGGCGAAGCCCGCGCCGCAGAACGGCCUCUCAACUCCCUGAUAGAAGAGGACCUCGAGUUCGAGCGCACCGGCAAACCCGUCCCCGUCAUCACGGCCGAAGUAUCCGAAGAGAUCGAACAACUCAUCAAACGACGUAUUCUAGCCCGCGAAUUCGAUGAAGUCACCCGUCGCCACCCCGACGCGCUCGGCACCGCAAGCGACACCCGCCGCGGCCGCACCGAAUUGCUAGACGACACCAAACCCCAGUCCUCUCUCGCCGAAGUCUACGAGCAAGAACACCUCCGCGCCACCGACCCAGGGUACAUUGACAAGCGCUCCGCCGCAACCAAAAAGCAGCACGACGAGAUCUCACGUCUCUGGAAAGAAGUCUCCAACCAACUCGACCUGCUAAGCAAUCUGCACUUCAAACCGAAGCGUCUCGAAGCCGAGAUCAAGACCGUCGAAGACAAACCCACCAUAUCAAUGGAAGAUGCCAGGCCUAUGGGUCUAGGUGUCAAUGCGGACGAAAGCAUGCUCGCGCCCCAAGAAGUCUAUCGACCCGGCGAGACGAAGGCGCGCGAUGACAAUGGUGAAAUCGUCGUACGCAAAGGCGGUGCUGCCGCGAAUAAAGAGGAAAUGAGCCGCGAAGAGAAACUGCGUAGACGCCGGCGGGAAAAAGAACGCGUCAAGAAAGCAAAUGCGCAACAAGGCAAGUCGUCCGCGACUACGGUUGCGAGCGCCAAUGGCAAGGGCGUGGGCCUGGGCAAGAAAUCCAAGACCCAGGAUAAGGCGGAUAUCCUCUCGGAUCUGCAAAAGGGUAACGUCAAGGUCAUUGACAAGAAGGGUGAGCUGCAGGAUCUUGGUGGUAAGAAGGGUAGGAAGGGCCGCGAUGCGAGUCAGGUUCAGGUUGGUAGUGGGGGUGUGUUGAAGUUGUGAUUCUUCCCUACCUGGAUCCUGUAAUCGGCGGGCGGAUAUACUCCAGUAUCGCGUCUUCAGGAUAUUGUGCUUGCUGUUGACUGGGACGAGCGAAUAGAAGCCGACGAGUCAACAUAUACAUCAUGAGCAGUGCAUGAGCGGACAGCACAUCAAAACUGCAGUUUCUCGCGCGAAAGACAUCGGACAAGUCAAUGUGAACGCUGCAUUUGAAGGCAACAUGUAUCUCAAGAGGGUUCCAAAUAAGCCGCAAUGACUGCUACAUUCAAUUCGACAUGAUAUUGUAGCUUGCAAUGCUGUGUAUCGUACUGCCGAUCGUGGCCACGAAUGCUCGGGGAUGCUGCAUUGACAGGCAGAACGUUCGAGGACAACAACAAGAUACUACCAGUUGAAGAUAACACCAAAUAAAUGUAUUGCCCGCAGCAAGAUAGUAUAUAAACAAUAGAACUGAAGGGG